GGUCCUCAGACCGAAGGCAGCCGAAAGGCGAAAGGCAAGGCAGACCAAUCGCGAAGCGAAGCCACGCCACGAGGGGAGAGGGGGGAGGAUGGGGCGGAAGAGGAAGGAGCUGCUGUCGUCGGCGCCGUGGCGGACGGGGGAGGCGGCGGAGGACGAGGACGCGGCGAGGAUGAGCCGCGAGGGGAAGGUCAGCGUCACCAGCAACCCUGGCGAGACGGCCACCAUGAGCGUGCCCCGGAGCAGGCGCCAGGAACUCGACCUCACCGUCGACGACUUCGAGGAGGACGAGAUCGACCCCGAGCUGCGCUACUCCUUCCAGCGCAACAGCAGGUUUCUGAAGAGAGUUUUUAGUGUGGACACACUUGUCAAGCCUCUCCCUCCUGUGAUGGCAUACAGCGUAUCCCGUAAUAUAAACUUUUUCUUCCGGAUCUUCACACAGUUCUGGGAUGAAGAAGGAAUCGCCAAUGCACAGAAGUCCCUUGGACUGGGGAAUGAUGAUGGCUCCCGCCGAAUGCGCUGAUUGUGGUCAAACCAAGUUUCUGUACUGAGUUCAGAACUCUUUGUCCUAGGCACUGGAGAUCUGUUAUAUGCUUCAAAAUACUUUAGUGUGUGACAUUUCUUAAGUUUGGGUUGUAAUUUUGUUUAUUAUAGUGUUUGUAACAUGCAUUCUCUGCUAGUAAAACUGGUCGUACCAUAUAUUUAAAAUACAGAUCUUCUAUGUGCAAAGUCCGCUCCUGUUUCAUUGA